AUGUAUCCAAUGGUUCUUGAACGCCUUUCCGACGGUCCCGCCAUGGCUCUUUCUCCUACCCAGGAACACGCCUUCGCUCAGUUUCCCUCCCAGUCCCUGCUGAGAGCACCUACUAGCUUUCAUGGUUUCCCUGCUAGCCCCGGCUCUGUCUUUGCUGGGGUAGGCCCAGUCCAUCCUAUCUCUAGCUCCGGGCCUACGCCCGCUGCUACCGCGCCAAAGCCAUCUCGCAAGAGGUCGCGUGAUGAAGCUUCAUUUGAAGAGGCCCUCGCCGUACCUCCAAUUCCGAAGCCUGCCCCAGCUGCCAAGGUAGAGCCCAUCUAUGGUGAAGGAAUGGUUCUCCUCAAUCCUCAAACUGGUCUCGCCAUAUCCGCCGAGAGUCAAACCGGCACAUGGUAUGAAGAGACAGCCGAAUCCCAAGCCGCCGCAGUGGCUCCAGUCUCGUCGCGGUCGAAUGCGCAGCAAGCUGAUGCCGCCGAUAUCAGCCGUAAAGCCCAGCGUCUCGACACUUCCGCCCCGGGCCUUGACGACAUUGCCCUUUCCUCGAUCCAGCAUCGCCUCAAUGGUUCUCAAGCUGACCAGCACCGUAUCCUCCCUGGUGGAUCUACGCCACCUGCCGAACCUCACAUCGACGAUGCCACCCGUCUUCUCGGCAUCAGCUGGCAACGCAUUGGUAUCGACGAUGACAUGGCUCCUGCUGUCCGCGGUUGGACUAAAUACAUCGACAACCAAUACGCCGCUUACCUACGUGGCUCGCAAAUGCUCAUGAAAAGCCGCGCUCUCAACGCCUACCUCGUGGGUGCCUCUUCCACCACUACUCUGGCACCUGUUUUCUACCUCUUCAAUGAAGACCUCACCCAGGCCCAGCUUGUGGCCUCCUCCUGGGAUGCUUGCCUGCAAAAUCUACGCAACACGCCCAUCAUUUUCGAAGGCACUGCUCCUAUUACUGCCUCCAGCCGAUCAAAUAACGCCCCUUCAAUCAAGCCUUUCACCGCCAACGGGGAUACUGGGAUACCACUUCUGCAACAAGCUCUUUCGAAUGCGCCUUCCAGCCUCAACAUGGGAGCGGGGCUGAGCGGGGGUGUAGAAAUGGGUAUGGAGAUCGACUCGUAA